AGUCUCUCCUCCACGUUCCCAUCACAAGAGCUUCUCCGAUUUGAAGUAAACGGAAAAAAAUGCUUCGAUCCAUUCUUCUCCGGAAAUCCAUUCGCUCCCUCGGAACCCUAAAUUCCAAUUCCUCCGCCGUCCGACCUCCAUUUCCCGUUCUCCGCACUCUCUGCACCGCCGCUCCGCCGCCUCCGCCGUCUUCAACCGACGCUGAGCUCAGGAAAUAUGCCGGAUACGCCGCACUCGUUCUGUUCUGCGGUGCCGCAACUUAUUUCUCCUUCCCGUUUCCUGAAGAUGCUAAGCACAAGAAGGCCCACAUCUUCCGCUACGCUCCAUUACCCGAAGAUCUUCACACUGUCUCCAACUGGAGCGGCACCCACGAGGUUCAGACCAGGAAUUUUCACCAGCCGGAGAAUCUCUCGGAUCUCGAAACCCUUGUUAAGGAUUCUCAUGAAAAAAAGGCCAGGAUCCGACCAGUUGGAUCGGGUUUGUCGCCCAAUGGGGUUGGUUUGUCUCGUUCUGGGAUGGUGAACUUGGCGCUCAUGGACAAGGUGCUUGAGGUGGAUAAAGAUAAGAAGAGAGUUCGGGUGCAGGCUGGAAUUAGGGUUCAGCAACUCGUUGACGCCAUUAAAGACUAUGGUCUCACUCUCCAGAACUUUGCCUCCAUUAGAGAGCAGCAGAUUGGUGGCAUUGUGCAGGUUGGUGCACAUGGGACAGGUGCAAGAUUGCCUCCCAUUGAUGAGCAAGUGGUCAGCAUGAAACUGGUUACUCCUGCAAAGGGCACAAUCGAAAUAUCAAAGGAUAAAAAUCCAGAGCUAUUUUAUCUUGCUCGAUGUGGCCUUGGUGGUCUUGGAGUCGUUGCUGAAGUGACUCUUCAAUGUGUUGAAAGACAGGAACUUGUGGAGCACACAUACGUAUCAAACUUACAACAGAUCAAGAAAAAUCACAAAAAAUUGCUCUCAGAAAACAAGCAUGUGAAGUACCUGUACAUUCCUUAUACUGACACUGUUGUGAUUGUAACGUGCAACCCUGUAUCAAAAUGGAAAGGCCCGCCUAAAUACAAGUCAAAGUACAGUACAGAUGAGGCCUUACAGCAUGUUCGAGACCUCUAUGAAGAAAGCCUUUUGAAGUAUAGCAGGAAAUCUCCUGAAAGCAAUGAGCCAAACAUAAAUGAGCUUUCAUUCACUGAGUUGAGAGACAAACUACUUGCCCUUCAUCCCCUCAAUACAGAUCAUGUGAUGAAAGUCAAUGAAGCUGAAGCAGAGUUUUGGAGUAAGUCAGAAGGCUAUAGAGUAGGGUGGAGUGAUGAGAUUCUGGGCUUUGACUGUGGUGGUCAACAAUGGGUAUCAGAGACUUGUUUUGCAGCUGGAACCCUUUCCAAACCAAGCAUGGAGGACCUUGAAUACAUAGAAGAGCUUAAGAAACUCAUAGAGAAGGAAGCAGUACCGGCACCUGCUCCAAUAGAGCAGCGGUGGACAGCUCGGAGUAAGAGCCUCAUGAGUCCAGCAUUCAGCACUGCAGAUGAUGACAUUUUCUCAUGGGUUGGUAUAAUCAUGUACCUCCCAACAACAGAUGCUCGCCAGAGAAAAGACAUCACGGAUGAAUUCUUCCACUACAGGCAUUUGACGCAGGCAGAAUUGUGGGAUCAAUACUCUGCUUAUGAACAUUGGGCAAAAAUUGAGAUCCCGAAGGAUAAAGAAGAACUUGAAGCCCUCCAAGCGAGACUCAGAAAACGUUUCCCGGUGGAUGCAUACAACAAGGCACGAAGAGAGUUGGAUCCGAAUAGAAUCCUUUCCAACAACAUGGUGGAAAAGCUCUUCCCUGUCUCCACCACUGUUUGAAACUUUCAUCCAUAGGUUAAUCCCUCUUCUCCUACCUUUUUGAAUCUAAUAUAAUUUAAUGCAUCCGCAAUGAGUUCUCAUAAGAUAGAGACGAGAGAACAAAUUUUCUUGUCCAUGGAAGUCGGGAAGUGUAUAGAGGGAGGGAUUGAUUACUCUUUUAAAUCUCAUGCGAAUAAAUUCCAAUUGUUGGGAAUA